UCGCCCAGCAUGAUCCGACUUCUUUUCUUCGUGUCGUUAAUAUUCUCAGUCGUUUCGGCCAAGUCAUGUAUCAGUCAGGAUGCGAAGAAUCCGGACAUUCGGGUGAUCGAAUUGGACGACUCCAGCAAAGACUCCAGCGAAUCAGAAAUCGUUGCUCUACACCUCCCAGACAGACGAAGAAGGGAAAUCAUCGAAGUCAAAAAUGGGAAAAAAAGCAGCAACGUCUGCAAAAACGAUGAUGAUUGCAGUCCAGGAUUAAUUUGUUCAACAUAUCUGACCUGCGAUAAUCGAACAUCUUUUCUUGCGCAGUAAAAGGAACACAAACAGGUAGAUCCUAAAAAAACAGCCAAUUAAAAAUGGACAAUGCAGCAAGCAAAUAACGACGGUGUAAUGGUGACAAUUUUAUACAUUAUAACAGUAUACCGAUGAAAUUUUUUGUGGAGUAAUCUCGCUGCCCUCUCGCCGAACAAUAAGUGUGUUUACAUCAAUCCAAUGAUCGAUUUGCCAUCAUCACCAAUAUCCAGCGGAUAUCUGUUUGUUUAUCUAUAUUUCGCGCGCCGAUAAAAUUUUCCACUGUACAUCCGUCCAUUGUCAAUGCAUGAAUAUAACAUAAACCGAAAAUAUCGGACAUUUAAUGGCGAUCCGGCCAUGGUCGCGGACGCAUGUAGUAAAGCGGUUAAGUUACAUUUUACACGCGGAUUCGGAAUACCCAGUGAGAGGGAUACAGCCGGUAUAAAAGCUCUCCGCCCCUUCUUCGCCUUAAAAAAAAAAAAAAAAAAAAAAAACAAACAAACAGUAUCGUAGGGGAAACAUAUGGCGCCGUACGAUAGGGACUCAUUAACGACAAAGAAACGAAGCAAUGCGUGAGUGAGGAGCACCGUAAGAAAGGAGGGUUAGCCCUCUCAUCGUCGUAAAUUUAGUGGGAACAACUGCUUUCGCCUGCAAGCUCUGCUUGCAGCCUCAUCACCACCGCAAUCCCGAUCGAAGCGGUAACGUCGUCGAAAAACCUUACUGUGCAUUAGAGAUUUACACUCGAAAUCAAUUAGCUCUUAAUUGACACGGAUGAGAUAUCGCGCGGGUAUAGUUUUAUUGGGAAAUCGUUGGAUAUUGGCGAUGUGUCGAUCGUGAAAGUUGGUCUCGAUGUCGCUUGGGAGAUUAUCAACGCGAAAGACUUUCGGUGUAG